AUGAGAGCAGAUUCACCAGGACACAGUGCUAAGUAUGGCAGCUACACGCUGAUGGAACUUGAGAGUGAGAAGGUGCUUGACAUACAACUAGUACAGAGCAAUGAGUACUAUGAUGUCUGGCAUCUGGAGAAAGGUGUAUCCAAAAAGUUGGAUAAGUUGUCCAAAGAGAAAGAGUGCCAGGUGAGUCCAAAGAUCCAAGCAAAUGGUUUCUGCCAGGUUCUGCCCCAUUGUACAAAAUAG